AUGGAAAAAAAUAGAAAUAUUUCUGAUUCAGUGUUUUCAAUAAGUUGUUGCGAAUUGACUGACAAAACUUUCAGACUUUUUAAUGACAGUUUUUCUCCUUACCAAAGCACAAAAAGCAGGCAUGAUAUUUUUGUUUAUUGGAGAUUUGCAGGUCUGCUCGAAAAGCAAUGUAAUGAAUGUCAAAAAAAUCGAGAUAAGGAAUAUGAAAGGUUAAGAAAGGUCCAAUGCGAGGAAAUUGAAAAAGAAUUAAAGGAUGAAGAAGUAAAAAAAGAAAAAAGUUAUCUAGAAGAGGCUAAAAAAAGAGGAGUAGUUAAUUGUCUUUACGAAUAUUUCAGAAAUGCUCCUAAAAAAUUAAAAGUGGUCUGUGAUUGGGAUGAAGUAAUUCAACCCCUUGAGCCAAAGGUAUACUACGAAUUUCAUUCUAUUUACACUGAUAAAAGCACGGUUGGAGGUUGUAUAGGUAUGGCUCUUGGUCCAAAAAAAAUUAAAGAUAAGGUCGAUAAGAUAAAGAACGAAACCGAUUUUUACGAACAUUCUCCCUUUCUUACUUUGGCUAAAGAAUUAUUGAAAUUGGUAAAAGAAAAUAAAGUAGAAGUUGUUUUUCUCUCUGCUUAUGAUAAAAAAACUUUUCCUAACGGAGAUCCUCGCAAAGAAAAAAUAUUUAGGGAGACUUUCGGUAAAUUUCCUAAUUGUUCCUUAAACUUAGUUGGAUUUGAAAGCGAAGGAAAAGGACAAAGCAAGAGUGAAUGA